UACUUCUCUCUCUCAACUCUCUCUCUCUCUCAUCUUUCUUUUGCAACUUCUGCCUCUUUAACUCUCCCAUCUCCUUCCGCCACGUGUCUGCUUCUCAUUGGUUCAAAUUCUUUUUUCCAUUCUGGUUAAAUAUGUGGCAUGUUAGUCUGUACAUUGCAGCCACAAUCAUGGUGGCCAUUACACAUUGGUUGUACAGGUGGCAAAAUCCUAAAUGUAAAGGAAACCUUCCUCCUGGAUCAAUGGGCUGGCCAUUGAUAGGUGAAACUAUGCACUUCUUUGCCCCUAAUUCAACUUGGGACACACCCCCCUUUGUCAAACAAAGAAUGAAAAGAUACGGGUCGGUGUUUCGAACGAGUUUGGUCGGGCGGCCCGUGAUCGUCUCGACGGAUUCGGAUCUUAAUUAUAUGAUAUUCCAACAAGAGGGCCAGUUGUUUCAGAGUUGGUAUCCAGAUAGCUUUACAGAAGUAUUUGGGAGACAAAACGUGGGAUCUUUGCAUGGGUACAUGUAUAAGUAUCUCAAGAACAUGGUGUUGUAUCUGUUUGGGCCUGAAAGCCUUAAGAAGAUGCUUCAUGAAGUAGAACAUGUUGCAACAACAAGUCUAGAGAAAUGGGCUGGGCUGGAAUCAGUGGAAUUGAAGGAAGCUACUGCAAAUAUGAUAUUUGAUCUAACGGCGAAAAAGUUGAUAAGUUAUGAUCCGGAGAAGUCGUCGGAGAAUCUCAGGGAGAAUUUUGUAGCUUUUAUACAGGGAUUAAUCUCCUUCCCUUUAGACAUUCCUGGAACAGCUUACCACAAGUGUUUACAGGGAAGAAAGAAGGCGAUGGCAAUGCUGAAGAACAUGCUAAAAGAUAGACGGGCUAAUCCUCGGAAAGUCAAAAGCGAUUUCUUUGACUAUGUACUCGAAGAGCUAGAUCGAGGUGAUUCAAUCCUUACAGAAGCAAUUGCCCUAGACUUAAUGUUUGUACUAUUGUUUGCAAGCUUUGAAACAACUUCCUUAGCCAUAACAGUAGCUGUCAAGCUUCUUCGAGACAAUCCUCGCGCAUUGCAAGAAUUAACGGAAGAGCAUGUAAAUAUCCUAAGAAACCGAGAAAAUAAAGAGUCCGGACUCACAUGGAAAGAAUACAAGUCGAUGACAUUCACGUUUCAGAUCAUAAAUGAAACAGUCCGUUUGGCUAACAUAGUUCCCGGGGUGUUCAGAAAGGCACUAAGGGAUAUCAAGUUCAAAGAUUAUACGAUUCCAGCUGGUUGGGCCGUAAUGGUAUGUCCCCCAGCCGUUCAUUUAAACCCCGUCAAUUAUAAGGAUCCACUAGAAUUCAAUCCAUGGAGAUGGGAGAAUAUGGAUCAGAAAGGUGCAUCGAAGAAUUUUAUGGGUUUCGGUGGUGGAAUGCGGUUUUGUGUCGGGACGGAUUUCACGAAAGUCCAGAUGGCAGUGUUUCUCCAUUGUUUGGUUACCAAAUACAGGUGGCGAACGGUGAGAGGAGGAGAAAUUGUACGAACACCGGGUUUACAGUUUCCAAACGGCUUUCAUGUUGAGAUCAGUGAAAGACAAACAGAAUGAAGAUCAAACAUCACAUUCUGAUAGUAAUCAUAAAAAUAUCAUCAAGAAAUUAGAGACUUUCCUAACAAGAAUAUUGGUGUGCGGAAAAGCUGACGGCUGACAAUAAGGCUCCUGAAUGACUCUAUUCAGGAUCAUGUGAAGCUCCAUUCUUGGAAAGUGCCUCAAUGUUAGAAAAUUUAGAGAAUUACAGAAAGAAGAAAGAAAUGAGAAAUGAGAAAUGUACAAUGUUCAACUCACUUUCUAUAUACAGAUUUUGUUUUCCUUCA